GGACAAGUCCGCCGGUACGCAUUUAAUAUGCUCCAAUGCGCUGACCACACACACGUGGUCGUUCAUCAAGGGGCUGUCCAAUUCCAUCGUGUAUGUUAUGCCGGGUGUCAAUCCUUGAGGUGUGUAUUCUGCACUUUGUCAAUAUAGCAGUUAUCCAGGGACCAUUGACGCUUGGGCUGCAUUGCUUGGAGCUCAUUGCGAAUGUCAUUCGAGACGAAAGACAGUGGAGAUGUGCUACCGGAAGGAAAGGACUUAGAACGGUGACGAACUCGGUGAAGACGAUUUUCACUUAUCCGAUUUGUCUCGUACUUCUCGUCACGAAGCCUUUCCUGUGUGUGUCAUUCCCAUCUAGUAUUUGUUAUCAGUGUCAUUGAACGCCAUCCUCGACGAUCACAGACUGGAUGUUUGGGCUUUCAUUCACCAUAUUUGGCUA